ACAUCAUACAUAUAUCUGUGACAUUUACUACAAUGAAAACAAUAUUUUGACCAUAACAAUGAUGUCAAACUGACCGAGAGCCCGCGAAAAAUGCCGUGUUGAUGGAAAUAGAGACUGACAAGGAAGUAUAUCCAAUACUAAACAGGUAGUGUGCUGACAAACAAGAGCCAGCUCAGUGAUAAUAUAAGAGCAGGAGACCACGUGAAGCAAGACUCCAUCCUGCAUCAUGUUUGGCUUCCUGAAGAAUGUCGUUGAAGACGUUGUGGACAGUGCGCAAGACGAGCGGAACCGUCGUGGGUCGAACAGAGACUACUACUCGGGAAGAGGAGGAGGUGGUGGUGGUAGUGGUGGAGGGGGUCAGCAACCAAGCCCUGGCUACAAGGAUGUGACAGACCAGGUCACUGAUGAGUUGGGAACUCUUAGACCCAACAACCCUCAGCAAGGCUUUUACGAUGGGGGCCAAGGAGGGACGUAUGGCGGAGGGCCGCAGUACGGAGGUCAGCACGGCGGUGGCGGCAGUGGCCAGCAGCAGUACUAUAGUGGAGGCCAACACGGAGGAGGAGGAGGAGGAGGAGGAGGAGGAGGAAGCGGCGCAGACCUGGUUUCAGGUUUAAUUGGUGGCUUUCUUGGCGGUGGUGAUAAAAACCAACCACAAGGUGGCCCUGGUCCAUAUGGCCCCCCUCCAGGUCAAUAUGGUGGAGGUUAUGGCCCUCCACAGGGUGGAUAUGGGCCACCACCGGGCCAGUAUGGACCAGGACAGGGAGGGUAUGGGCCACCACCGGGCCAGUACGGACCAGGACAGGGAGGGUAUGGGCCACCACCAGGCCAGUACGGACCAGGACAGGGCGGGUAUGGGCCACCACCGGGCCAGUACGGACCAGGACAGGGAGGGUAUGGGCCACCACCGGGCCAGCAGCAGGGUGGCGGUGGAGACAUGGCAGGCAUGGCUGCCAACCUCAUCGGUGGGAUGUUUGGUGGUGGCGGCGGCGGCAGUGGUGGUGGUGGUUAUGGGCAGGGUCAAGGUCAACAGAAGGGUGACGGCAUGAGUGACCUCAUUUCAGGAAUGGCUGCCAACUACAUUGGGGGAAUGGUUAGUGGCAACCAGAGAAACACAGCAAGUAACCAGCAAGUUAACACUAACAACGACCUAAUGUCCAGUAUCACGUCUGGACUUGUUCAGGGCUUGUUCAGGGGACAGGGAGGCGGACAGGCUCGGUAUGACAAUGCAGGCGGUGCCGGCCAGAAUCAGAUAGUUACCAGCAUUGCUUCAGCUGUCAUCAAAGGUUUAUUCAGCAGUGAAGGUGGGCAGGGCGGAGGCAUCGCUGCAGCCAUGCAGAAAUCUGGAAUGAAUCAAAACAUGCUGGCCGGUAUUGCAGCCAGUAUUUUUUCUGCAUUUAUGAGCAACAACCAAGCAAAACAGAAUGUUUAUAAUGCCCCGCCACCCGCCAACGAUUCUGUUAUUGCCAAUGUUACUACCAGUGUUAUUAAGGGGCUGAUCAGCCCUGGCCAAGGUAACAUAAACCAGCUGCAGACAACUGGUGUGAAUGAAGGCAUAGCAGGAGCCAUAGCUUCAAAUGUUGCUAAGGGGCUCUUCAGUGGUCAUGAAAUGGAUGGAGCGUAUAAGGGUGCAUCUCCAGCUGCCAACACGGAGCUGGUACACUGUGUAACAGCCAGUGUUGUCAAGGGCCUCAUAAGCAACAAUGAGGGUUCAGUGGAGAGUGAGAAGGCAGGAGUGAGUGACUCGGUCAUCGCAAAAGUGGCAGCCGAUGCUGUUCGUGAAUAUACGAGUGGGAACAGGGGCGGCCAAGGGGGCGGUGCUGGUGGCGGAGAUUUUGUGUCGAACAUGGCAGCAUCAGUUAUUGGCAAUCUGUUCAGCGGUGACUCUGGUCAGUCAACCACAGAGAGGACUGGUUUCGAUACUAGGAUGGUUUCGGGGAUUGUUGCCAACGUAGUCAGGAAUGUCAGGGGUCGGCCUCAGGCACCUGGAGGUGAGGCCGAUGGUGUCAACGAUGAUAUUGUGGCAGCUGUAACAUCCUCGGUCAUCAAGGAAAUUGUCAGUCAAGACAGUGAGGGUAAAAUACUUCCAUCAAAUGAUGCAAAUGCAAAUAGCUCGAUCGUCAGUGGUAUCGCUUCUAAAAUCGUCCAGAAUAUAAUGAGUGAUGAGAGUAAUGACGAGAGAGUGAAGGCAGUCCAGAAAGGAGAGGUUGACAGCAGCUUCUUGAAUGGGAUCAUCUCCAGUGUGAUUAGUGGAAUGAUUGGUGGAGGAGGACAGAGCCAGAAAUCGCAGAGUAAUGAGGAUGAUGUACUCUCUGGUAUUGCUGCAAAUGUUAUUGGAGGCCUGGCUGGGGGUGGCGGUGGAGGAGGUAGCCAUUCAUCACACUCGGGAGGGGCAAUUGCUUCUAACAUUAUUGGCAAAAUCGUCAGAGAUGCGUAGUUUUAUGUACCGACAGUCCCUUCUGUAUCAACGAUCAUGGGAUCUGGUUAUGUCUUGAUUAUUACAUUAAUUAAACAAGUUAGGUUUAGUGUAGAAUAUCGUGUGUCGAGUGUGAACGUUUUCCUUGCCAUGCUUACACUGGUUAGCUUUACCAUAGCCCAAUGAGCACAAUUCACAUGAUGGAUAUAACAGUAUCGCAGCUCAUUCUCGUGUUGUAUAGUUGAUACUUCUGAUAUUUCAAGCAUUUUGCUUUUCAUUUGAGAAUUUCUAAAGACUGAAAUAAUAUUUUUCAAUAUUGAUUGAAAUUUUUCGUUAAUUGCAAUUAGUUGCUGCUACUGUGCACUUAUAAUAUCAAGAUACAGUCAAUUGGAAUUUAACUUAUAUUUUUCCAUAAGAGGUAAAAUCUUUUGUAGGCAUAUGUUGACAUUUGGGAUUAAACCAUCAUAUAUACUUCCCAUAUGAUACUUUACAGCUAGAUUAAGUAUACACUUAUGCAGUGUUGAUAUAGGUAAAACCCAAACCUAAAGCACAUUGAAAUUUUAGUUAAAAUGACACACCAUUUGUAGGUUCACUGGAAAUGGGAAAAGUGGUACGUACAGUGUAAUGAUUGUAUACAAAUUUAAUAAAAUGAGUAACCCAUUAAAUUAGGAAAAAUAUUUGGUCACUCUUUUGUUAUAGAUUUUGGUUUAUUAAUAAAGGUUUUCAGUUGUAUAUGUGAAUAGGGAAGAUGACUGGUGAGAGUGGUGCAACGGAGUAUAUUGCAUGCAACCCGAGUCUCUUGCAGUAGUGGCUGAGAACACCCAAGCAGUUGAGAACAAAUUUCUAAGUAUCCCCUUUAGCUUUAGAUGCUCCAGUGGAUGAAUGACAACUGGGGAAAAGAUAGUAGUGGAAAGGAGGUGGAAGACAGUAAAUAUAGUAGCGUGAAUUAAGAACAUUCAUAGUGUGGAUACUUUUAAGGGUGAAUUUGAGUGAAGAACUGAUUAAAUGCAGUAGAGAAAAUGAAUGGAAGGAAUGUUGAGGAAAUGCCAGAAGUCAUAGAGAGUGAUGCUGUACCAGAUGGUUAGAAGAGAACUUAAAUUGUGCCUUUGUGCUGCAUAAAUAUAAGAAUGAAAGUGACAUGUAUAAAAUGGUGGUAGUGGAAGGGGUAGAGGAACAACCGAGACACUAUUAAUUGAUGAACAAUGUGGGUUCUCCUACAGAAGAGGUUGUAUGGAUUAGGUAUUUGCAUUAAGACAGGUAAUUACCUAAAGCAGUAGUGAAGGCAUGUGAGAAAUAUUGUAGCACAUGGACUUUAGGAAGACAUGUUGCACUGUGAAUAGAAGUGUACUCCCUAGUGUGAUGAACAUCUAUGGAAAUAAUUGAAUAUAAUUCAUACCAUUGAAGCUUUUAUAAAGUAUUCAGAAAGGAAAAAUAUUUGCAAGUUACUGGCAUAACCAAUAGCAAGUUUGAUAUAAUUGUAGGUGUUCACGAGGGUUGUGUAAUGACCCUAUGGUUGUUUAGUGUAUACUGAGCUGCAUAUGGGUGAGGUCAUGGAGGGUCAUGGUAAGAUUAUUGUUUGUAUUAGUGUUGGAGGAAUUAAUAUAGACAAAGUUGGGAAUGAGACACUAACAGAAAAGUAUUGGGCAUUUGUUGAGUCAGUCAGGAACAAAAGGAAUCCUAUCAUAUUAGUAUUCUUGCAAGAUGGGGUGAUGGAAAUUAAUGGCUGGCUGUGGCUAUGGGUGCCAGUUGCGGACUAGGUAAAUACAGCAAGGCUAGUGCAGUAUCACUCAUUGACAACUGGGAACACUUGUAUGAACAGGUUGAAAGGUAUUAUAAUGGAUGGGGUUCACUUCUUUAGGGCUGGGGUUGUAGCUUUUGUCUUUCUGUCAGACGCUGCUGUUGACAGAGUUGGAGUGGGUUUAAACUGCUAUCAGCUAGAGGCAUGGGGUUAUAUUUUGGGAAAGAAAGUAAUAAGGAUGUGUGCUAGCAGGAGGAAAGAAGUAGGUGGUAUUCAAAAAUAGUACUGAUUGUUUCUACUAGUAAACAACUAGUAAAAAAUUGCAGGUAAACUGAAACUUUAACUGCACGUAAAAUCAUCAUUUUGCCUACAUUUAAACAUGUCUUUAUUCUUUUGUAUAUUGAAUUUUGAUAUUUUAAAUUGAAAUAUCUUUAUUCUUAUUGUAUAUUCCUCUCCUAUUUGGGCAAAUACCAUGCUACCCCAUGAAAGUAGGAAACAGUGGAAUGAUGAUGAUAAAAUGAUUCAUGUUGUAUAAAAAAGGGCAAAAGUGAGUGAAGAAGAAUGUAAGGAAGUAGCUCUGUAAGAAGAAUGUUUCAGACUUAUGACUUGAAUUACUUUAUGCAGAAAUUAGAAUGUAUGGAGAGAUAUUCAUGGGUCAUCAUUCAGUAUGAUGAAGAGAGGUAAAUCAUUACAUUAUACUGUACUGUAUAUGUAAUACUUGUUAGAAGCAUUGACUGGUGUAAUGUGAUGUUUUUAUGCCCUGUUAACUCUUAUCUCCCAUAAAAUACUUCCAUCCAUCCAUCCAGUGAGUGCCAAGGGUAACUCUGUGACUUAACCCAUUAACUGUCCGUUUUCUUUGCACGCUAACAUCAGUGGUGGUGAUGGCGGAGUAUCAGACGAUCUUAUUAGCCAGAUUGAUGUUCAUGGGUAAUUUUCUGGCAUGUUAUCCCCCUGUUGUUUGGCCUGUUUACUCAUUGCAAAGUGGUAGUGGGACACCAGCAUUUUGCUGUAUGAUGUAUUUUGAAUGCUGUUGUACAGUACAGUGUGGUAAUUGCCAAGAAGUUAAUAUAUUGAUUUGUCCUAUAUAUAAAUAUUCUAGAAGUAAUAUACAGUAUAUCAAACAGUAAAAGUAUAAGAACUGAACAUAAAACAAAUAGUUUUAUGUUGAAUACUGUAUACUGAAAUAGGAAUCUUUUCUUUAAUAUAAUUUAACACCAUAUAAACUGUGAUAGCAUAAUGGAGCGCAAUUCUUAUCUUUGCAUCCAACUAUAGUGCUCGAAAUCAAAAGUUUUCUUAUCAUACUUUAGCCAAAAAACACAAUAAUAUUAUAGCAUGAGAGUAAUGAUGUGCUACACUACCCCACACAAAGGCCAGGACCAGUACCUUCCAGACCUUCCUUGCCAGGUGGGCCCUCGGGUAUUCCAGGAGGUUUCCCAACACAGCCUGGGAUACCCAGAAGCCUACCUGGGCAGCCAGGGGGUCGGGUGGGGCCAGGGACGUCUAUGUACCGAGCCAUUGCCGCCACAGCCGUGGAGGCCGUUAUAGGGUAAGGUUUAAUGGUGGGCUACGUGUGUGUGACCAUUGUCAGAGGAAGCUCUGCUCUGCAAAGGAAACCCAAAACCUAAAGCCCUUCCCCUUUUAAUUUAAGGUUCUGUCACUGAAUUCCUUAAGCAUUAAUUAAGAUAGAUGAUAUCCACCAACCUUCUGCACAGCUGCUCUUCACUUCUUGCUUCUAUUGUAUUCCUGGUCCCACUCAGCACCUCUCCUCAACCCCCUGGAGUUAAUCAUAUUAUUGUGCUUAUUCUUAUUGAUAGAUAUCUUAGAUGUAAUAGAAUGCAUUAUUAGGUCAUGAUGCAUUACUUGCCUUACAUGUUAAAAAAGUCUCUCAAUUUAGCAAAGAGAAUUGUGUACACUGGAUGCACCGGACAUCAGUUUCACCAGAUUCAUUCUUAGCCUACGUACAUUUGUGAGAAUAAAUACUGCAAUGAUAAUUUGCUCUUGGCAGCAUUGACAUAUUGUAUUAUAUGCUUAUUUAUUUAUUUAUUUAUUUAUAUAUUUAUUUACAAGGUACAAUGGGUUUGUGAUAGUAUAUAAUAUUUGUGUUUACAUUUCUGCAAAGCCAUUAACAUGCAUAGCAUUUCGAGCAGGUCUUUAAUGUAGCAUAUUAAAUUUCUUAUCAGUUUAUCAGUUUGAGUACUUGACGUUGUGCUAUUGCAACAUCAAGGAAUGAACUUGAUGACCGAGGAAUAUAUUUUUUCCAAUCUAAAGCUCGAGGGUUUGAAAUCUUUUGUUGCUCAUAUAGAUAAAUUGUUUUUUGGUUAUACUGAGGUAGUGAUUUUAAUGACUUGAGUAAUAACAUAUAAAAAAAAAAUUGUUUUGAACCUCAUUGCUAUUAACAUAGGGCAUAAGUAUAUGUUCACACUGUUAUAUACAUCUCGGUUUCUACCACUGUAGUAGUAAAGGAGAUGGUAGACAAAAUUUGUUUGUCUACAUAUUUUGCAUGGUUUGACUUUUUAUUUGUGUAUGUAUACACUGUUUUUGUUUUUUUAAGCAUGUAUUUUUUAUAUACAGUAUAUACAUGUUUAUGCAUAGUUUCUGGGAUAAAGUACAGUACUGUAAAGUCAACACUUGGGCACCAUUUCAGCCUUGGCAUUUGAAUUUUCUCUUAGAUGUAUUAUAACUUUACUGACAUCAAACAUGAUGGAAUACAUGUUUAAACACUAACCUUAGUAAAAAAAAAUACUAACCAAUGCAGGUUUGUAAAUUAGUGAAGAGAAAAGGUAGCAGAAGUUGGUUUAGGAUCAGUGUUACCAAUACUCUGCUGCACUGUACAUGAUUGUAACAUAUUUGUUGUCAGGUCUGAAUUGUAUAAGAGAUAUGUAUCCAUAGAGCACAAUGUAUGCUUACUAUCAAAUAAAGCAUAGAACAUC